GGAAAUAAACUUCUUUCAAACUUCAUUUGGUUAAGAUAUGUCGUUUACAAGUGGCAGUUAUUGGCUUCAACGUACUAUCACUUUGAAAAGACAAUCUCGUGGAUGUCAUUAUAUCACAGAUGAAAUUAAAAAAGCUUUGCCAGAAAUUAAACAAAUACAACUCGGUAUUUUGAAUCUUUUCAUUCAACAUACAUCAGCAACUUUGACUGUUAAUGAAAGUUGGGAUCCUUCUGUUACAAAAGAUAUGGAAAUGGUCCUGAACCAUCUUGUACCUGAGUCGCUUAAAUAUAAACAUUCCUGUGAAGGUCCUGAUGAUAUGCCAGCACAUGCUAAACAAGCAUUACUUGGUGGACCUAAUAUAACAAUACCUAUUACAAAUGGUGAAUUGGCCUUAGGCACUUGGCAAGGGAUAUGGCUUUGUGAACAUCGAAAUUCUGGUUCUUCACGUCAGAUAGUGGCUACAAUUCAAGGGUGUCUCAGACAAGAAAAUUGUGUGAACACAUCUUAACAUAUUAUCAUUUGUUCAUUUUGUUUAUCUCUAUUAAAAGCAACUAAUGACAGACUUUUUUUAUUGCUGUUCCUUUUCAUGUCUUCGAUAUCUCUAAUGAACUACUUUAGAAUCAACUGUCUAUACUCAGUCCGAAACUUUGUAAUAUUUGAGCUAAGAAAACCCUUUAAAUCACUGGUAUUACAUCUGUUUUGAAUUAGACAGUUCUUCUAUCUUUCUUUUUUCUGAGCUUAUGUUUUAUGUCGUUACUUUAUCGAACCCAGUCUACUAUAUCCUUGAGAAUGAAAUGUCUUGUUUAUUGUAUAACGAAGUAACUAGUUAACAUUCGUUCUUGCUGUCUUCUAUUCAGAAUUUGGUCAGUAUUCUAAUAGAGUAGAAUCGAACUUCAUAUAGCUGUAAUUAAAAAUCUCAUCUUUGC